UGAGACGCAAUCGCGCGGGAGCACAUAGAUCUUGACCUUUCAGUCUAAUCGCUGGCGCACCCCGAAACAAGUGGAACUAUAUAGUCGCCCAGCCGAGCGAUCCGUUGAUCAGUUAGCUACAAAAUAUGAAGUCCGUCACGUUCGUACUCUGCCUGCUCGUUCUGGGAGCCCACUCGCUGCUGGUGUUCGCCGUGGAUUGCGAGAUCGGUGGGCAUCAGUUCAAGGCCGGAGAGAAGUACACGCCGGAAGGCCGCUGCCUGCAGUACACCUGCAAGGGACCCAAACAAGUGACUGCCUUGGGAUGCCCGGCCAUCGCCUCCCUGAGGCCCUGCAAAAUGGAAGAGGAUCUGAGCAAACCCUAUCCCGGCUGCUGUCCCAAGUUCAACUGCUGACAACGCCUCGCAAGAAGCAAGUUAGCCAGAGAUGCGUUUAAAAAAACCAAAAUUGCGCAUUUAUUUCGAUUUCGAUUUCGGGUUCGGUCUGGUAUACAUGCUUGAACUUAGUCGUAUUUGCUCUCAUACAUAUAGUAAAUAAUGUGUAUACAUAUAUAAAUAUUCUCGUGUCAAUUGCCACUAAUUCACCAUUCCACUUGGACAUGCACACUGUUCGCUUGCAUAACAAGUAUAUAUGUAUAGAUAUAUCUCUGCUUAACUACA